UCUAGAUCGGUUGUGGCGGAAAUUCGAUGGCGUGUAACGACAGAUAGCUACAAAGUAGCAUUUUAGCAGAUAUCAUGCUGUGCUGCCUAGAACUAAAGAGUUUUUAGUUGGACUAAACCAUUUAAUUUUGUCCAGAUAUAGUGAACUGAUGGCACUUGACACCGGCUUGCUAGAUCGCUAACGCUAACUUCACAUAGCCUGUAUCUAAACUACAGCUUGUGCAAUAUGCAUUUGAUGUUAGAGCUAAUCACAUAAAAAAUUUUAGCUAAUAUUGACGAAUACAUUGAUACCAUUUAAAUUGUACAUGUAGCUAGCUUUGACUGGCGACAAAUUAUCUACGUUUUGUAUUUUAUCAGGAUGUUUGUACAUCGGUAGUAAAUAAACGAACAUUGAAUUUGGAACAUUAACGACAGAAAUGUCAGGCUCUUUAACUGCAGAACAACAGAGGCGGAUUGAGGAAAACCGUCAGCGAGCUUUAGCAAGGAGGGCUGAGCGGCUCGCACAACAAGAACCUGGGUCGUGCCACCAUAAUACCACCGCCCCUCAAAACAUCACCUCCCGUGCCCACUCUCAUUUUAUCUCAACACAUACUGCUGCCGCGCCACGACCAGGACCCUCUCCGCAGACGGUCACCUACCCAUCUAAACACUUUUCCCAGGGCUCAGAUCGGACGAUCAGUCAACGGUCGCCCGGGUCAUGGCAAAAACCUGGAAGCACACUGACCGCCUCUCCUCCAAAACAGACAAAAAUGAUAGAUCCGCUCCCUCUACCUGUGGCACAGAUUACUGCCAAAGGAAUAAAUUCCCACUCUGUGAACUUCUCCGGUUUUAAACCCCCAGAACCAAAGUCUUACGUAGCCCCAGUGAGUGCAGCCCCGGCCAGUGCUGGCACUUUCUACGGGCCAAGAUCUAUAUCUGACCGGGUCCCACAGAAAAUGCCACCUUCCCCCGUUGCCUCCACCAGUGUCGUGGCGGCAAAGAAGCCUGCUAUCUCCGUGAGAGGAAAGUGCCUGUCUCACUCAUCUGACCGCUUCAGAGUGGAGGUGGGCUACCACACAGAGCUCAUCGCAGUGUUCAAGAGCAUUCCAUCCAAGAACUAUGACCCUGCAACAAAGAUGUGGAACUUCAGCCUGGAAGACUACCAUCGGUUAAUGGAAGAGGCGGCGGGCAUCGCGUCCGUCUCCCUUCAGCCUCUGGAGGGGACGGAGGGCCUGGACGUGCCGGCGGCGACCCGGCGGUGCCGGGACGGCGCGGCGCUGGGCGCGCUGUUGCGGCUGUGCCAGGGCUGGAAGAAACCGGGCGCGGUCGUGCAGGGCUCCUGCGCCCUGCUUACCCGCUCGCGCUUCGAGGUGGACGUGGGCUACCACGUGGACGUCAUCGCCGCCUUCAAGCAGAUGCCGUCCAAAAACUACGACAUGAAGACCAGAAAAUGGAACUUCCUGUUGGAAGAUUACAAGAAGUUAAUGGACAUCCUGACUGGACUCCCGCUGGUGGAGGUGGAGCCGCUCCCUCGUGCUGUGGUCCAGGCCUUCUCCGCCCAGUUUGAGGAAAGCCAGUCCAGACCUUCGGAGAUCCCCGAGGCUGACCUGUCCAGCGUGGACCCCGUCCUCACGCGCAGCCUCAUGCCCUUCCAGAGUCACGGGGUCAACUUUGCAGUGUCCAGGGACGGCCGGCUCCUCCUGGCCGAUGACAUGGGCCUGGGGAAGACCAUACAGGCCAUCUGCAUCGCUGCCUUCUACAGGAAGGAGUGGCCCCUGCUGGUGGUGACGCCCUCCUCCGUCCGCUUCACUUGGGCCGAGGCGUUUCAGCGAUGGCUCCCCUCUUUGAGUGCGGACAGCAUCAACGUGGUCGUGAAGGGGAAGGACAACCUGCGGUCAGGCCGGGUCAACAUCGUCAGCUACGACCUUCUGAGCAAAAUGGACAAGCAGCAGCCCACAGACCCUUUCAACGUGCUCAUCAUGGACGAGUCCCACUUCCUGAAGAACAUGAAGACGGCUCGCUGCAAGGCUGCGCUGCCCUUGCUUAAGGCCGCUAAGAGAGUGAUCCUGCUGUCCGGGACGCCCGCCAUGUCCCGCCCCUCGGAGCUCUACACCCAGAUCCUGGCCAUCAGGCCUGGCUUCUUCCCGAGGUUCCACGAGUUCGGGUCCCGCUACUGCGACGCCAGGCAGUUGCCGUGGGGCUGGGAUUACUCGGGCUCCUCCAACCUCACUGAGCUCAGGCUCCUGCUGGAGGAGUCCCUCAUGCUCCGCCGACUCAAGAGCGAAGUCCUCUCCCAGCUCCCCGCCAAGCAGCGCAAGGUGGUCACCGUGACGACGGACGGCAUCACCGCCCGCGCCAGGGCCGCCCUGACCGCCGCGGCCAAGGACCUGGCCCAGGGCCACCGAAACAAGAUGCAGGAGAAAGAAGCGCUCCUGGUCUUCUUUAACCACACCGCAGAGGCCAAGGUCCGUGCAAUCAACGAGUACAUCAUGGACCUGCUGGAAUGUGGGCGUGAGAAGUUCCUCGUGUUCGCUCAUCACAAGCUGGUCCUGGACCACGUGGUCAAAGAGCUGAGGGAGAAGGGGAUCAGCUACAUACGCAUUGACGGGGCCACGCCCUCGGCGGAGCGACAGUCGCUGUGCAACAAGUUCCAGUUCUCGGAGAAGAGCUGCGUGGCGGUGCUCUCCAUCACGGCGGCCAACAUGGGCCUGACGCUCCACUCCGCCGACCUGGUGGUCUUCGCCGAGCUCUUCUGGAACCCUGGGGUGCUAAUCCAGGCGGAGGACAGGGUGCACCGCAUCGGACAGACCAGCAACGUGGACAUCCACUACCUGGUGGCCAAAGGCACCGCCGACGACUACCUUUGGCCCAUGAUCCAGGAGAAGAUGAAUGUGCUGGAACAGGCCGGGCUCUCCGAAUCCAACCUCUCGGAAAACGCAGAAUGCGCCAACUUCUCCUGCAGGGACCCGCAGCAGAAGACCAUCACAGAGAUGUUCCAGAGGUCGUUCACAGAGGAGGCUGAUGAUGAGAAUGAGGCCGUCCUCCUUCAGGCCGUCGAUGCAUGGGAUGAUGCUGAAACAGGAACUGCUUCUACUCACCAAGGAAAUGUAACCGAAAGCCCAUCCAAAAAAACCAUCAAGGACUACUUCUGCAAAUGAUUCUGCGGAAUAAAAACAGUGAUAUAACUGUAAUUUUAACUCACCUUCGCUCAUCGUCUUUAUUGCCUCAACUUGUCCUGCUCAGUUUGUUAUCUUUUGUAAAUAAAAUAAAGGGGUUAAUUUGA